CCCCACCUCGGCGCACUAGCCAGAGUCUUGAUCAAUAUUAGCUGUAAAGAAUUCGAAACCAGUCAUGAACAUUCCUAGUCCUAGUCCUAGUCCAUGAGUACUCUACCCUCUAUACCUACCAUAAUACACGCACACAUUUUAGUCUAAAAGAGUUAGCCAUUUGUUCUAACAAUCUUCUUCCAACUAAGCCGCCUUCGUCAUUAUCAUUUAUUAUCCCUUUUCAACUCCCCACACACCGUACGUCUCGUCACUAAUCAACCACACAUAUUUAUCUAUAUAUAUAUAUACCCACACCACACCGCACCAUUCAAAUCCAUUCCAAAUAGAUAUAUACUCUUCACAGAAAAAAAGAAAGUAAACAAAUGGAUGAAUCACACACACAAACCCAGAUCCAGGUUGUGGUUGAAUCACCCAAACUCAUCAUCAACAACGACACAGCAUUAAAUCUUCAUAAUAAUAAUAAUAAUGUGAAGACGAAGAGUAGUAGUACAAAGCAACCCAUAUUAUCAUCUAUAUUAACCAAGUUUCACGCUGGUUACUUCCGAAUAAGCAUGUCACUCUGCAGCCAAGCAUUGCUAUGGAAAAUCCUAGUGGAACCAAACGACGACGUUCACUCAUUACGACAAGUGUUUCGCCUGGUUCCCUCAACGGCCUUCAACUUCUUAUGGUCCUUAGCUCUGUUCACGUUGGUCUUACAGUCCCUUCUCUACAUCCUCAGAUGUUUGCUACACUUCCAAAUGGUUAAGACCGAGUUUCUUCACCAAGUGGGAGUCAACUACCUAUUCGCACCGUGGAUCUCCUGGCUUCUUUUGCUUCAAUCCUCACCCUUCGUUACUCCCAACACGCUUUACUACCAAGUGUUCUGGUGGGUUUUUGUCGUCCCCAUUGUGGUUCUCGACGUUAAGAUCUACGGCCAGUGGCUGACCAAGGGGAAGAGGUUUUUGGCGACGGUGGCUAAUCCAACGAGUCAGCUGUCGGUGAUCGGGAACUUAGUGGCUGCUCGGGCGGCGGCGGAAAUGGGGUGGAAGGAGACUGCGGUGUGCAUGUUCUCGUUGGGUAUAGCGCAUUAUCUGGUUGUUUUUGUUACUCUUUAUCAAAGAUUAUCCGGGGACAAUGCCUUACCGGCGAUGCUGAGACCGGUCUUUUUCUUGUUCAUUGGAGCUCCAAGCGUGGCAAGCUUAGCUUGGUGCUCCAUUAGUGGCAAGUUUGAUAUCGCUUCUAAGAUGUUCUUCUUCCUCUCGCUCUUCCUCUUCAUGUCCUUGGUUGCAAGGCCAGAAUUGUUCAGGAAAUCGAUGAAGAAGUUCCACGUGACAUGGUGGGCCUACUCGUUUCCGUUGAGUUUGCUGGCAUUAGCUGCAAUUAAGUAUGCAGAAGAAGUAAAGGGAGGGAUAGCACACGCAUUAAUGGUAGUUUUAUCGGCACUCUCAGUCUUGGUGUGUGUGGUCUUAAUAGCUGUCACUGCAGUUAAUUCAAACAUUUUGUUACCACCAUCAUCAACUUCUUCUACUACUAGAAGUAAUACUAAAACUUCAAGUAUAAGUAGUACUAGUAGAUGUGACUCAAGAUAGCAAAUACAUAUAUAUUAUAGGUACUUACUAGCUAAUACUAAGUAGUAACAUAUUUAGUAUAACUAAUUAAUUAAUCUUUUGUUGAAAUAUUUGUUCGUAAAUAUGUAUAAAUUUUAUUGGGUUUGAUUAUGACUUUAUUAGUUAUUAAGAUCUUGACAUCAAUAAUGUAGAAUUUUCUUUUUUCUUU